AUGAAGAACUAUAUCAAAAGCGUUCUGUCUGCAGACGCUCCUGUUACGGACAAAGAUCUUCUCUACACAUCUACAUCGCAAGAAGGAGUCGCAGGCGAUGUCGAGCUUCGCCAUCUUUCUCACCGCGGUGGGACCGACAAAGCCAAGGGCCUUGACACCAUCGUGAUAACCGAAGACAACUCCUCGGACAACGCCGAUUACGAAACCGGGAAGGGCGGACUAGGCGCCGUUCGCAGCGAAAACCUGGACCCGCUUGCUGAUCAGCUUUCGCAGGUGGCUUUGGACGACGAAUACGCCGGUAUCACAGUCGAGGACGACUCGCCCUACCCUGAAGUGCGUGCAGCCGUGCCAUCCAGUGAUGACACCUCCCUGUGUCAAAACACCCUGCGUAUGUGGACUCUGGGAAUGAUUAUGACCACCAUUGGGUGUGGUUUGAACAUGUUGUUUUCCAUGCACUCGCCUUCUAUUGUCUUGAGUAGUUACGUCACUGCCAUUCUCGCUUGGCCCUUGGGUCGCGCGUGGGACAAGGUAAUGCCCAACAAACGGCUCUUCGGUAAAUGGGGUCCUCAGCUCAAUCCUGGUCCUUUCAACGUCAAAGAGCACGCUUUGAUCACCGCCAUGGGUAACGUGGCUUUCGGAGGUGGUAGUGCCUAUGCUACCGAUAUUCUUCUAUCUAUGAACAAUUUCUACGGGAGAAACUUCGGGUGGGGUUUCAAUCUGCUCGCUACCUGGUCGACCCAAUGUAUCGGGUUUGCGCUUGCAGGUUUAUCGAGAAAAGUCUUGGUGGAUCCAGCAUCCAUGAUAUGGCCAGGUAACUUGGUGUCCUGUACUUUCCUCACCAACAUGCACGUAAACGAGAAUCACGUUGCAAACGGUUGGACAAUCUCUAGACUAAAAUUCUUUUUGAUCGUGUUCAUCUGUGGUUUCGUCUACUACUGGUUUCCUGGAUUUAUCUUCCAAGCGCUGUCCUACUUUGCCUGGAUUACUUGGAUUAAGCCCAAUAAUGUUGUUCUCAACCAGGUCUUUGGUGCUAGCACCGGGCUCGGAUUAUUCCCGCUCACCUUCGAUUGGAAUCAAAUCGCAGGUUACAUUGGAUCUCCUCUGAUCCCACCUGUUGGUGCCAUCUUUUCGAUCCUGCUGUCUAUGAUUGCCAUUUUUUGGAUUGUUGUGCCCGCAGUGCACUAUUCAAACGUGUGGUACGGUAAGUACCUGCCAAUCUCCGAUUCGGCGUCAUACGACAGAUUUCAAAAUGUAUACCAGGUCAAAAAGAUUAUCACGGAAAACUUGUCCUUUGACAAAGCAGCCUAUGAGCAGUACUCUCCUCUGUACCUGUCUGCAGCCUUUGCCAUCUCGUACGGUUUGUCGUUUGCCUCGAUGACUGCUACUAUAAUGCACGCUGCCAUGUUCCAUGGUAGGGAUAUCUGGGCAGCUCUAAGACGGAAAGACGUCGAAAAAGAAGACGUUCAUAAUAGGUUGAUGAAGCAAUACAAAGACGUCCCCCAUUGGUGGUAUGGCAUUGUAUUUUUGGUAUUCUUCGCUUUGGCGGUCGCUACCAUUAGAGCUUGGCCAACAGAAAUGCCUGUUUUCACCUUAAUCAUUGCUUUGAUGAUCGCCGCCUUCUUUUUGCUGCCUGUUGGUAUUAUCUUUGCUGUGACCAACAUUUCCGUUGGUUUGAAUGUCAUUACCGAGUUUAUCAUUGGUUACAUGACUCCGGGCAAACCGAUAGCGAUGAUGUUCUUCAAGACAUUCGGUUACAUCACCAAUUCGCAAGCUAUUUAUUUCGCGCAAGACAUGAAACUGGGACAUUACAUGAAAGUAGCGCCCAGGACUCUAUUCUGGGCACAAAUGAUCGCCACCGUGUGGGGAGCUUUGGUCCAAGUUUGUGUUAUGACGUGGGCCCAAGGAAACAUCAAGGAUAUCUGCACUUCACAGCAGGCUUCACAUUUCACUUGCCCCGGUGCCAAGGUCUUCUUCAACGCCUCUAUCAUCUGGGGUGUUAUUGGUCCUCAAAGAAUAUUUUCUGCUGGUCAGAUCUACAAUAAGUUGAUGUAUUUCUUCAUCUUGGGGGCUGGGCUGCCUGUAAUGAACUGGGCUAUUUUGAAAAAGUGGCCCAACUCCUUGAUCAAGUAUGUCAAUUGGCCAGUGUUUUUCUCCGGUACCGGAUUGAUCCCUCCGGCAACACCCUACAACUACGGUGCAUACUGCAUGGUCGGCAUUGGUUUCGGAUACUUUGUCAAGAAGCGGUUUUUCCACUGGUGGACUAAAUACAAUUACUCGCUGUCAGCUGGGCUGGACAUUUCUCUGGCCUGGUCCUCGCUGAUCGUUUUCGUGACGCUGGGCUUGACGAACACCGAUGCUCCUAGCUGGUGGGGCAACAAUGUCAUCAAUACGUUGGACUACAAUGACGAGGCCAUUCAAAGACCGCUAGCCUCGGGGGAAUCUUUUGGUUUGACAACAUGGUAA